ACCAAGGCAUUCCUAAAGCAAACACUAGCUGGAUAGCUAGGCUAGCAAAUCUGCUAGAUAAUCUUAUAACUAUAGUAUAACCUCAGUUUAGCCUCUUCGCCGAAUUAAACAUAUAUACAAAGAAGUUUACUAGAUCUCUCGAUUCCAGCGUAUCACUCGCAGCUUCUAGCCUGUUCCUUGCGUUACCUAAAGUACGGACAGUAACAUCAGUUUCUUCUUCUUCUUCUUCUUCUUUUGAAUCGUCUCAAUUUACAAGCUAGCCAACUUAGUUGCGUUAACGUUACACAGCCAUCAUGGCUGAUUUUGGGUUUAAUGAGCACCACCAGACUGAAGUAAUCAAUUACAUGAGAUUUGCCCGUUCAAAGAGGAUCCUGCGGCUCAAGACCAUUGACUCAUGUUUUGAGGAACUCAAAGAUAGCAGGCUAGUGGAGGAAACCUUCACAGUGGACGAAGUGAGGGAGAUGUUAGAUGGGCUGCAAGUAGUUGUGCGUGGGGAGGUGGAAAUGGAGCUCAUCAACACAGCCCACACCAAUGUGCUGCUUCUCAGGCAGCUCUUCUCCCAGGCUGAGAAGUUUUAUCUUCGACUACAGAGUGAUAUCUCAGAGCUAGAAAACAGGGAGCUGUUAGAGCAGGUGGCUGAAUUUGAGAAAACGGACUUUAAAACCACCAAUAAGACAAACCAGGAAACAAGCAAACCCAAGCUGGCCCCACUGAACGAAGGUGGAGUGUCUGAGCUUCUUAACAAGGAGAUAGCAAGACUACAGGAGGAAAAUGACAAACUGAAGUCCAGGCUCCGAACUUUAGAAUCUCAGGCCAUGAGUGCACUAGACGAGAAAACCAAGGCAGAGAGAGCCCUGAAAGACCUUCAAAAGGUGCAAGGUGACCAGCAGCUGGCUGCUCACUCCCAGGAGAUCAGCAGUCUAGAAGACACAGUUGCCGCUCUGAAGGAGGACUAUGAAAGGUCUCUUAAUGCCACUGCUGCAUCUCAGAAAGAUUUGCAGGAGAACCUGAUUUCUGCCAAACAUGAGCUUUUGCGAGUACAGGAGCAGCUGGCCUUGGCAGAAAAGGAGUUGGAGAAAAAGUUCCAGCAAACUGCAGCCUACCGCAACAUGAAGGAAAUUCUCACCAAGAAGAAUGAGCAGAUUAAGGAAAUUAGAAAACGAUUGCAAAGAUACGAGCCCAAUGAAUGAAUUCGACAGAUGUGCACCAGUAAGACAGCACCAAAAUUUAUGACUAUGGUGGAAACCAUCAGCUCCACUGCUGCAAGACAAGAGAGACAGAGAAAAGAAUUCUACUAGAAUUUGUUCAUUCAUCCUUUACUUUCAGUUGGCAUCUUCAGUUCUUAUAUUGGCUUUAGUGAAGAGCAGAAGCUGUAAAGAUGGCUGCACACACAACCUAAUACACAGGAGAAUAAGUAACAGCUGUGUUUUUUGUUUUUUUGUUUGUUUGUUUUUUUUUUCUUCUCUUUCUUGAUUUUGAGCUCACAUACAGUAGCUAGCAGACGUCCCUCGGUGCUCUAUGCAAUUACUAACAUGUCCCUGUUUAAAGAGGCCUUGUCCAUUUGCUGAACUGGACGGAUGCAUUCUGUCUGUCUGAAGCUUUGCAGUCUUAUUUAUCAGAUAGGUUAAUAGUCUAGCACCAAGUAAAUAAUGACUGAUAUUUUUUCUUGUCAGUUUUAAUUUUAGCAGCUUCUUUUCUAAUCCAUAUCUAGUCAUUAAUGAGCAUACCAUAUUUCCAGUUAAACUCCAAAAAAGAUACUUCUUAACCUUUUGAGAUCACUAUUCCUUUACUGUGCUACCUUAACAUUCAGCAGUAUUCCAGAUGAAAAUAUUCCAGUGUUAUUCCCAACUGUUGUGAGAAAAAUCUGAUCUUAAAAUUAUGGCAAAAUUUUUUGUUCUGCUCCUGCGCAUAGAAUAUUUUUGUCAGGAAUCUUUGUGUAUUUUUCGUAUUGCUGUGGGUGAUGGAGUAUAAGAAAAAGAAAAUCAUAUAUACAUGAUGUUCAUGAAGAAAUGCUCUUGUAGAGUGUGCCACAUCUACCUUCUAUUACACUAGAUGUGCAUUUGUCUGGAUUGUGCAAAAAUGUGGGGUAAUAAAAGCUGUUACCAAA